AUGAAUGUUCUUGCUAUUAGCAAGCACGGCAAGGCUCUUUCCGAUAUAAGCAAGUCAACAAGGCCAGCCAAUGUUCAAUUGGAUGAAAAAAAAUCCUUUAUCUCUCGUCUGCUUUUACUCUGGGUCGGCAAUCUGUUGUAUAGGGGUUCGGAGAAAACCCUUGUAUAUGAUGAUUUAACUCCACUUAAGCAAAAACAUAGAUCUGUCAAUUUAUUGCGUAAAUGGAAGAAACAUGAUAAAAACAACAAUAGUCAUAUUGCCUGGAAACUGUUGUGGCAUUUCAAGUAUGGAGUCAUGUGUGCUUUCUCAACACGUGUAUUCUCAAUGAUUUUCGAUUACCUCAACCCUGUACUUCUCAAAAUACUGUUAGAUUCAGUUACCAUGAACUCUGCUCCCAUUAUGAAAGGAGUCAUAAUUUCCAUUUUGAUGUUGUUAGUUGGAGAAAUUAAGUCUUUUGUUUUAGCUGCCCACACUUACAUAGCUGCCCGCGAUGCGAAUUUGUCAGUGGCCAUACUAACAAAUAGCAUAGCGAAGAAGAGUUUGAAACUCUCCAGCCGAGCAAGACAGGAAUGGCCAUCAUCUAGGGUUGUUAACCUUAUAUCUGUCGAUCUAGAGUCGCUUUCUGUUGCCGCUCCUUUUUUCCAUGCAUCAUGGUCGUCAGUAGUAGAGAUAUCGAUUGCUAUGUUGUUCAUUUUCCACAUCCUUGGCUCUGCUUUCUUUGGAGCUGUAAUAGUUAUGAUAGCCUACAUCCCAGUGAAUGUUGUGGUGAACAUUGUUAGCAAAAGACUUCAGUCAGCUCAAAUGAAAGUCAGAGAUAAGCGCAUCAAGUUCGUCAAAGAGAUCCUUUCCGGAAUUAAAGUGGUGAAACUGUAUGCUUGGGAGGAACCAUUCAAUGCGGAAAUAGAUCGUCUGAGACGAGAAGAAAUGAAAUACUUAUCACGUCAUACCAUAUUAGGAAGAGCCUUACAAGGACUUAAUUCUGCAGCUCCUUUCGUGGUUGCUAUCGUUUCGUUAACGUGGUUUGUUUGGACCAAUGGAACGAAUUCGUUAACACCACAAGUAGCUUUCGUAUCUCUAACUAUUUUCAAUAUGCUUCGUUUGCCUAUGGCUAUGUUAGCUCCAUCAUUCCAUAACAUUACUAAGGCUAUGGUCAGUAUGAAGAGAAUUAACAACUUUUUGAAAUCCAAAGAGCUACAAACUGAGAGACCUUCACCGUCUUCUAAUGAAGCCCCUGAAGUUGGAAUUCAUCUUCAUCAUGCCACAUUUUCAUGGGACUUGAAACCUACUGCACUUAGUGAUAUUUGCUUGGAAGUCGAAGAGAAGAAAUUCCAUGCUAUCAUAGGACCAGUUGGUGCUGGAAAGUCUUCACUACUGUCAGCUAUUUUAGGUGAAUUAACUCUGUUAUCCGGACAUAAAAAAGUCAACGGGAAUGUCGCGUUUGUUCCACAAGUUCCUUGGAUUCUAAACACAACCAUUCGAUCUAAUAUUUUGUACGGUCAAGACUACGAAAAGCCCAAGUAUGAAAAGAUUGUUAGAGCAUGUGAUAUGAAAAAAGACUUCUAUAACAUGCCUCGUUAUGAUUGUACAGUGAUUGGAGAAAAUAAAAUACCUCUGUCUGGUGGCCAAAUUGCUCGCAUAGCACUAGCGCGAGCCCUGUAUCAAAAUUGUGAUAUUUAUUUAUUGGAUGAUCCAUUUGCUGCUGUAGAUAGACAAGUUACUAAAACCAUGUUUGAUAAGGUGCUUGGUCCAAAUGGAAUCCUCGCAAAGAAAACAGUGAUUUUGGUUACUCAUAACAUGAAUCUAGCAAAAAGCGCUGAUGUCGUUCAUCUAAUGAAUGAUGGUCGAAUAAUAGAUUCAGGCUCUUUCGAAGAUGUAGCGCGGAAUAACUCUUCUUUGGUUGAGAGCAGUCAAGAAACACAAGAGGAUGAUCUGGAUGAUCUAUAUGUACGGCCUAAGAAAAAGCCUAGAGCAGUGAUGUUCGAACCAGAGAAUCAAGAACAGAGAAAAGUGGAGAGUACUGAGCAAGGUCGGGUUAAGAGCCACGUUUAUUUAUCUUAUAUACGUGCGUUCUCUUAUAAGUAUGCCGGUGUCUUUACCGUCUUAUUGUGCUGUCGAUAUGCAUUACAGGCUUUGAGUGGAGUAUUCUUAUCACAUUUAACCAAUAAUACAGACGUUUUACAUUCACUGGAUUUCAGCUAUUACAUUUACCUUGGAAUUGGAACAGUUAUUCUGAGCGUUAUUUCGAUGAUGUCUUCGACAUUUGGAGGAAUUCGAGCUUCUAUAGUUCUUCAUCGUCCAUUAGUAGCAUCCUUAUUACACGCACCGUUAUACUUUUUCGAGAAGACUCCUAUUGGUGGCAUUUUGAACCGAUUCACAGUUGAUAUGGAUGCGGUGGAUUUUUCUCUACCUAUUACCUUACGCUUGGUAGUAGACGCUAUCUUAAAUAUAAUUAUGGUCAUGAUUGUAAUUUCCGCCUCAAUACCUGCUUUCAUUGUGUUUGUUGUUCCCUUCGCAAUAGGAUACUUGCUCAUUUUGAAAAGAUUCUUACCAACAUCACGUCAAGUCAAAAGAAUUGAGUGUUCUCAAAGAUCAUCUCUUCUAUCUACGUUGACUCAGAAUAUACAGGGGGCUUCAAGUAUACGUGCAUUCGGAAGAACCAAAAUGACUAAUUUACAAUUCAAAGACGAAGUAGACUCUUUCCUGCGCUGUCGUUAUUUACAACCAUCAAUCCAACAAUGGCUAUCACUUCGCCUGGAACUACUUGGCAAUUUGAUGAUAUUUGCAUCCGCUAUUCUCGCCACUGUUUUCCAUCAGCUCGGUUGGGUUAACGCAGGAGCAGUGGGAUUAUGUGUAUCAUUUGCAUUAACACUUACUCAAGUCAUGAACUUUUCGGUGCGCAUGAUUGGUUUGACUGAUAACUACAUGGUAUCGGUGGAACGUAUAAAAGAAUAUCAUCAUCUGCCAUUAGAAGCUAACAGGAAGUCAGACUAUCCUCUCAUUGAUGCAUGGCCACACACAGGUUCUAUCGAUUUUCUUGGUUAUAAUAUGUACUAUGACAAAGAUGUUCAUGCAUUGAAAGACAUCACGGCUUCCAUAAAAGGUGGUGAGAAAAUUGCAAUUGUGGGCAGAACUGGAUCAGGCAAAUCUUCGCUGGCUGGAGCUCUCCUGCGAUUAGUGGAAGCUGAUAGUGGUAAGAUCAGUAUCGAUGGAGUUGAUAUAUCCGAUCUGGGUUUACACGAGUUGCGCAGCCGGCUUACAAUUAUUCCUCAGGAACCGAUAUUGUUUUCUUCAACACUUCGCUUCAAUUUGGAUCCUUUCAAUCAAUAUGCAGACAGUGAUUUGUGGUUAGCAAUCGAUGCCUGCAGUCUGAAGAGCUUGGUCAGCAGAAACGGUGGAAUGCAGUGGUUGAUAGAGGAAGGAGGUGCUAACUUGAGCAUUGGAGAACGUCAGUUGAUUUGCCUUUCUCGUGCUCUCUUAAGAGGCGGGCAAAUUUUGAUUCUCGAUGAAGCUACUUCAUCCGUUGAUCACCAAACCGAUAAAAUGAUAUAUCAGAUUAUUAACGAUCAUUUCAAGCAUGCGACCGUGUUAUUCAUAACUCAUCGUUUGAACGCUUUAGAACAUUGCCACAGAGUAAUGGUUAUGGAUAAUGGACAAAUCGUUGAAUUCGACAAGCCUGAUGUCCUGUUAGAAAAUGAUAAUUCUUUGUUCAAAGAAAUCAGCAAACGAUCAAAAUAG